AUGCGGUUUCGACCGUUGAUCCAGUCGAAGCAUUGGCGAGAACACGAAAUAGAGGCAACAGUUACCGCCAUCUCCCCCGAGAUUCCAAUACGUGCCGACUUUGUAGUUGCCUUCGUCCACAAGACACCAAAAGUGGUGUCAACAGAGAAUCAAAAUCGUCUCCACCUCUGGGAGAUUGUGUACAGCAACGUCAGCAGUGCCCACCUCAGUGCCUGGGGUGAUGGUGGAAAGGCAAAUCUUUGCCUCACCUACCUGUAUCAAACACAGGGAAAUCGGACCACAAAAAUCCUUCUCUACCUCUUCCGCCUUCGAUACGGGCUUAAAUAA